UGUUAGUGGAACAUUUUCCAUUUACACUGAUAAUACUUAAAUUCUACAACCUUAAUGAAAUCCCUUAAUGUACACAAUGGAUCAUCGCAGAUCACAAUCAUGAUCAUCAGGCUUUGUGUAUCUCCAGUGCUACCAUCAGUAAAGCAAUAGUUCACCCAAAACAUUUUCUGGAAAUGUGCUCCCUGUCAGGCCAUCCAAGACAUAGACGAGUUUGUUUCUUCAUCAGAUUUGGAGAAAUACUGCAUAGCAUCACUUGCUCACCAAAGGAUCAGAAAAGAUAAGGGGGGAAAAAUAAUAAUCUGGAUCAUUUAAAAUGACCAAUAUGAAUCCACUUUUUCCAGUAAAAAUCAUUGAACUAAUAUGAAACCUGGUAUUUGGAGGUCAAUGAAUCACAGUCUAAUUCAGUCCACUGCAACAGUCUUUUCACAUCUACCAUUCGACUAAAGAGGAUGAGAUUACACUUCAACCACAGUCAAGUCAUUUAGGGUUACUUGCAAGACAAAUUUCCAUCAGAAUAGCAAUUUCUAAAUGACUUCAGCUGACAGAUGGUGUAGUUACAGCAUCUGACUGACCAUAUUAACCAGUCAAAUCAACCCUGAUCACUUCCCUGUUGAAAAAAAAACAGCAUAUGCUGGUUAGUUUUGAAGCAUGGCAGCUGGUUUGAGCUGGUUUAAGCUGGUCAUGAUUCAUGAGCUGGUUUAAGAUGGUUAUGACUGGUCCUGAGCAGGAGCUUAUGGCCUGCUUAAACCAUCUGCCAUGCUUCAAAACACACCUAACCAGCAUAUGCUAGUUUUUUUUCAACAGGGUUGGUAAAAACAUCUUAAACGAGCAUAGAGUGGUUCAACGCUCUUGUAACCUGGAGGUUAGGUUUGAUUGGUUUAGGGUUUUUUUCAGUCAUUUCGCUUCAGGUAAAAGUGUUUUCAAUCUUUUAGUGUUUUUUAAACCCCACCCACAAUCGACUGCGAGCUAUCAUUCAGAUCCGCCUCCGUUGUUGAGAGCCACGCCCACAUCUCAACAUCCAAGAUGUUUUUAACUUCAAACCAUUGAAAAAGUCCAUCUCCUGUUUCUUCGCAUUAAAAUCCAGCCACAUAUUUGUUUAGAGCUAUUUUGGACCGUUUUGCACAAUAAUCAUUUGUGUGUGAACUAUUCCUUUAAAUUGUUAUUUUCAUUUAUUGUGUCUUAUUUUGUGUGCCUAUGCAGGACACUCUUGUAAAAUACAUUUUUAAUCUCAAAAGAGUUUUUGAUUUCCUGGUUAAAUAGAGGUUAAUGAAGACAUUCAUUUGUGUUUUAUAAUUGUGAAAAAACAAUUACAUUUUCAUGCUAUGUGAUGCUAUUUGAAUGAAGAGCCUUUCAAUGUAAAUCAGUUUCAGCAUCUUACGCACAGUACUAGACAAAUUAUUUUGCAUAACAUAAUGUAUAAAGAGUUGGGUAGAUUAAGUAUGUUGAGAGAAGAAACUUGAUAUACUGGUGAAAAGAUCAAGCUUCAUUCGCUCCAGAGCAGGUAAAUUGGGAUUUGUUGAGAUUUCUAUGGCUGUAAAAAAAUAAAUAAAUCACCUUCAACAUAAAAACAUACCAUACUUAAUUUUUCAAAUAAUCAAAUUGGUUGUACAAGUGUUUUCAGCUCGUAUUGAACAGACUUAAAAAAUCAAGUCAGCUCAUAUAACUUAAAGCUGAAAUUGGUUAAAUUAAUUUGAUUAGUUAAAGUAACGGAAAACACGUUGACAUAAUUUUUUACAGAGUACCUGGCCAUUAAAAAAUAUUUUUGUUGGUAAAACUUGUGAAUUUUGUCUUAUUAAACAAUCUUUGCAAAGCUGUCAGCAUAUGAAAGGUAUGAACAAUACCUGAAAGUGUCUUAAAAACCUUUACUAUAGAAAAAAAUUACUGCAGAAAACUAACCAAUGUGUCAUUUUCUUGACAUUCAUUUAUUUCAGUGAACAAACCUGUGAAGACAAGAUGAUGCAGAUCAAGAUUCAACUUGUUGUUCUGCUUGGAAUCCUGUCGAAGGUUUCAGGUGACCAGUAUCGAUUUGUCCUGAUCAAUGAGCCGAAGACCUGGAAAGAAGCACAAUCGUACUGCAGGGAGACAUAUAAGGAUCUGGCGACGGUUCAGAGCGAUGCAGACAGAGCCAAACUAAAGGAGGCGGCAAACGCUGUGAACUUUCAAUCUGUUGCCUGGAUCGGCUUCUACUACAGUGUCUUCACUUGGCAUUGGUCAUAUCGAAACACAAAGAUCAACUACACAAAGUGGGAAUCCGGGGAGCCGGACACAUACCGCACACAAAAGGCCUGUGCGACUGUGACGAAAGACGGACUCUGGCAUAACACAUCCUGUACUGAACUAAAAUACUUCAUUUGCCAAACUGAAAAACAGGACAAACUUCAGGACAAGUUUAAGUACAUUGAAAAGACCAUGAACUGGAGUGAUGCUCAAAUGUACUGCAGAUCACACGAAAUAGACCUGGCCACCAUAAAAAAUGACGCAGAGAAUGCGCACCUCGCAUACGUGCUUUCUGAAAAGAACGACUGGGAGGCCUGGAUCGGCCUGUGCAAGAACCUGUCGCAGUGGCGCUGGUCAGACCAGACCAACAUGUCAUGGUCCUCGAUGAAAUGGAAGCACAGUCAGCCCAGUAACACAGAUGCUAACGAAGGCUGUGCGAUAGCUGAUACUGACGGACUGAUGGUUGGCAACACCUGCUUGACUCCACUGCCUUUCUACUGCCGUGAAGACACAAAAACACAGCGUGUGAGAUUCACGCUGAAAUCAGACGGACAUCUGGAUGAAUCCGCAGUGAUGGAGGCCAUAGAGAAGAAGAUGAAGCAGAUCACCUUGGAGCAUAACAUAUACAGCACGACAUGGAGCGUCCAACCUGGCGGGACGAUCUUCCAGCAGCAGAAAACACAAGAAAACAAAGACAACACACAAGAGACAGCAACAGCUUGUGAGGAUUUUGGUCCAGUGUCACGUUAGUCUCUGAUACGUACGAUUACUUGUCCAAACAUUUGUGAAUCUUUAAGGUACAGCAAUUUAUAAUAAAUGAGAUUUUAUAUAUUUAACACCAUCACAUAUGUAAGACAGUUAAAGGGGUGGUUGACUGUUUUUUUUCUAGGCUUGAUUGUGUUUUAGGGGGUGCAGUCUAACAUGUGUUAAUGCUUAAUUUUUAAAAAACGCAUUAUUUUUCACGUAAUUUACAUUUAUUCCACACCUCUCUGUCCCUUCUCUAAACGCGGUGAUCAUUUCCUGGUUUUAUGAAGCCACUCCCUCAGAAAUACGCAAUGGGCUCAGAUUGGUUAGCUGGUCCAGUGUGUUGUGAUUAGCUAAACCGCCUCUAGUGCGCAUCUAAAUGUCCCGCCCCUCAGCUCAACGACAUGUGCUCCGGUUGUAUUGUAAACAAUGGCGUCGUCAAUAUUGCUUAUCAGUUUGAGCCCAAUUGAGACGCAGAGGAUAUUAGUGAAGAGGAUCGCGCAGAACCUGUGCAAGCACGGCGUUUAAUGGUAUGUUUUUUGUUUGUUGUUGUCUCAUACUUUAGGUAUGCUGUUAUUUGUAAGUGAUACUGCUUCUGUUAGCUUUUAAUAUACAGUUUUAUCCUGAUUAAAGCUUUAAUACAGUACGGCAACCGCAUGCACGUCCAUGUUUAACGCUUGUCAUAGCUGUUUGAAAAUAAGUGUAUAAAUGGAACAUUUCAUUGUUGGGGAGAGAGAGAGAGAGAGAUGCAGAGCAGGGGACGCGAGGAACAGGAUUGAGAACCGCUGCUUUAGAACAUGAUUUUGAAACUUGUGAAUCCAUUAGAAUCGUUAGAAGACAGAAUCGCGAUUCAUAUAUGAAUAGAUUUUUACGUACACCCCUAGUUUUCUCUUCCUCUUCUCUAAAGCAGCACAACAUGGCCCCGCCCCCUUUGUUGCGUGUUACCGGAGGUGGGGUUUAUCUGGGUUCGUGACAUAACGGACCCGGGAAGUAACUCGUUGUAGUCCCUUACCAGUCGUUUUUGUAGGCAUUAAAAUGCCAGAAUUUUAAAAGACGAUAUCUCCGUUUGCAUUGAACUUCCAGUGCCACAACUUUGCAGAUAUUGUUUAUGCCCAAACAGCAACAUUACACAUUAACUAAUGUUAAAAAAGUGAAAUCGCAAUCAACCACCCCUUUAAUGCACUGCCACUGUUAAUGAUUUAAUGCUUUAAAUACUGUACAGACACUUAUGAACAUGAAUAAGAUCAUCCUGUAUAAAAGUACACGGUCAAAUGCAUUUAAAAUGUUACCUUCUCAUUUUUUUCCACUGAAAACUGAGAUAUAUUUAGUGCUCAUAUAUACAUUGGUUUAAAUCUAUAAAUGUAUAAUUUAUUUAGUAAAUUAAUAAUAAUAGUAGUUUAGUGUUAUUUAUUUUGAAAUAUUAACAU